GAACCGAACGUGUGCCAGUGAUGAAAACCCAAUUUUCCCCGCAAAAGCCACAUCGACACUGUUAAAAAACCCUCGAGACCCCCUCAAAUCGCCGCAAUGUUCGCUCGAAGACUCCGGGUUUUCCUGAAAAUUGGCGAUAAAAAAACCUUCCUAAGAUCUUCACGUGACUAUGUGGAACCUAACCUCAAAUUCUCGACGAUCCCCCCUUCUAAGCCCCUGCAGUUCCCUUCGGGUAGGACCCUGAAGAGGUCCAUCUUCUCCACCGAGAAGAUCGAGGGCUACUCGAACCUCUCGCAGACGUCAGACCAGCCGGAGAACGCCGACGAUGAGGACCCCAGUGAGCACCACCCCAUCCACGGGAGCUACAGGAAUACCGAGAAUCGUCUAGCCUAUUCGGUCCUCCGGAACAACCCCCGUUACAAGAAGACGAUAGUCCCUCCAAUAAUCCCAGAUGAGAAGUUCCCCGAGGAGACCAUCGAGAAUAUCCUGCGGAAGCAGUGGGCGGCUACCUCAGACGUCUCAGAAGUCAUCGAGAACUUCAGGAUUCUCUCGUACGACGCCAGAUCCAACAACAAAAAAUUUACGGAUGAACACAUAGCAAUCCUGGAGAAGCUGACGUCGAUCGUGAAGGAACUGCUGACGGACCAGAUGUGGCUGCUCUUGAGGUACGUGGAGAUGUGGUACCCGAUGCCCCUUAAGACGAAGCUGAGGGCACUGACAACCCUGGAAGACGCCCUGGACGAGGAGUGCUGGAAGAGAAGUCUCGAGUGGGACGCCAACGAUCUCCUGAUGACCUGCGACCUCUUCUACCACUUGAGAAGAUUGGGGCAGUCGAAAUUCACUGGCUACGCCAUGAAGAAACUGGGAUCCAAGCCCUCGAAAAUGUCCUCCGAUAACUACCCCCAUUACAUGUAUCUUCUCAAUGCUGGGAGGAAACCGCACAUCAAUAUGUACGAGCUUGAGUACCGGCUCGAGGCCAUUGUGGAGGAGUUCAACCCUGAGGAGCUCGCCAUCAUCGCCAUGGGGUUCUUCAAGACGGCGACUCUCAUCAGGAAUCCAGCGCUUUCGGGACAUAUCAUUCAGAAGUGUAUUGAUAACAUGGCAACUCUCGAUGAGAUUUACAUUUCUGCUAUUAUGAAAAUGGCUAGACUCAGUGUACAUCUGAGGGACCGAGAAAUAUUGAGAGGUCUCUUACGUCGUUUUAAAAUUCGAAUCAACACGAUUUCAACAGCGUGUCUUGUCCACACUGCGCACACUGGUUCCGCCACCCUAGUCUACGAGAAAGAAGUCAUGGAUUUAAUCAUGAAUGAAUUAGUGAAAAGAGGUCUCUCCGAUGCGAGACUGAAAGACAUCGAGAGAAUCCUCUUCAGCCUGAUGAUAUUCAAUUACCCCAAAGAUUUUCCCCUCUACGAAAUGGCCGUCGAAGAAUUGAGGAAUCCUGUCCGCACGACUGAACGCAAGAAAUUCGCUAUUACGUACGCCUGUUCCCUGAUGUACCUCUCCCUUGCGGACAUUUAUCCCCUGGAUAUCAUAAAUAGCAUCAUGAAUCCUGAAUAUCUAAAGGAAGUUUAUCGAAAUAAUGCAUUCAAAAUUGGGCGGGAGUAUCUGACUCUCGAGUGUGGGCUCAAAUUGGAAGUGCCUGAGUAUGAAGGACCAUUUUUACCCGAGAGAAUUUACAAUUAUUUGGCCAAGAGAUAUGCAUCUGGUGUUGUCUGGAGAGACGAUCCUUUGACACAGACCCAAACGUAUCACAAAUUCUUGUUUGAAGUAGUGCAUUAUCUGAAGGCCAUUGUGGGUGAGAAUAAUUAUUUCAUCGACCAAGUCCUCCCCCAGUACCAGAGAGGCGACAUAAUCCUCUGCAUGGACUCCCAGAAUAACUUCAUAUCACCUGAGGAAAUGCUGCUGAAGUGCCCCCAAUUCAGGCUGAAAUUCACUCCAGAGCGCACGAAGAAUUACAAAUGGUUUGCGGUGGUUCUAGCGUCUCACAAUCAUAUGUUCAGGGAGAGUACGUUACUGAGUGGUACCUCCAACGCCAAAUUGAGGCACUUGACGAGGGCUGGAUACACCCCAAUAACGAUCAUGUUGUCAACGUGGACGAAGUUCAAGGAGGCCGAACGACAAGAAUUCCUCCGAGAUGUAUUAACAGAGCACAUUAACAAUAAAGAACAUACUUCGUCUUAAAUGUUAAAUGUUUGUACAAAUCUUCAUGAGUUGCAUAAAACUAUUUUAUUGUAUACACUGAUGAAAUACGAAAA